GACAUGAAACUGGAAAAUGUGAAUAUUGUAAUAUGGAGGAAAAUGUAGAGCAUGUUAUAAUGAAGUGUCCAAGAUACGGAAAGGAAAGAAAGAUACUGAUUGAUGUCCUCAAGGAAAAUAAAGAAAAACUUAAUUUGAUGAACAUUUUGGGGAAUAAAUCAGGGGAUAAAAACUUUCAAUUUUUAAUGCGUUAUUUAAAGGACACGGGAUUAUAUAAUAGAAUUUAGUGAAGAGUACGGUCCUGAUCCACACUCCUAAUCAGUAGGUGGCGGUAAUGCACCUAAAAGUUGUAUGCCAUCCGCCAUUAAACACCAAGAAGAAGAAGAAGAAUCAGCGGCGUUGCGUCUGAUCACGUGCACGUGACGCUGCGCGAGAAGCUGGUCGGUUUUAUUUUGUCAGCGCCGCCAUUAAAUCCGCAUCCAAAUCAACAUUCAGAGAUUAGAAACAGUAUUCAUCGACAUAAAAACGCCGUUCAACGACUGAUAUAAAGCCCGGAGAUUAAACGACACAAUGGAGGUCGAAUAACAACGAUAAAGACAGACUGAGGUGAUUUAAGUCUCUUUCAUGAGGAGCUGCGCGCUGAGCGAUAUUGCUGUCUCCGUGUCAAUGUGUGAGCCUGAUGUAAGUGUGUGUUGUUGAGUGUGUGUGUGUGCUGAUCCAUCAUGACAGAGCUGUGUGUGAAGUGGUUGUGUGAGUACUGCACAUAUGAAAACUGGCCGUCUGCUAUUAAGUGCACCAUGUGCCGAGCGCAGCGGCCCAGCGGAACCAUCAUAACAGAGGAACUGUUCCCGAGUGGCGCCGGACACCGGUGUGACCCCGUGUGCAACGACAGCCUGCUCAUCUGCCCCGAUUCCAGCGCCCGGCCCCGCGUCCGCCCGGCCCAGUCCUCCGAGCACAGCGGCAAAUGGUCGUGUCAGGUGUGCACUUACCUGAACUGGCCCAGAGCGAUCCGCUGCACCCAGUGCCGCAGUGUCCGGCAGCGUGUCUGCAGCCCCACAGAAACCCCGCAGACGUCCGGAACCGGCCCUCCAGCGGAUCCGUGUGAGGAAUACAACAACCGGAACCGACUCCACACGCGAGCGCAGUGCUGGACCUGCUCGGUCUGCUCAUAUGAGAACUGGCCCAAAUCCUCUCGCUGCGUGGUGUGUGACCACCCCAGACCCAACGACGCCUUCCAGCCGCGCGAGUCUGACGAGCCCUCGUCCGUGAUUAACGAGCGGGACCGUGGCCGAGCGCGGGGCGUGUGCAGCGGGGCGCAGCGACUCUCGCCUGCCUCCUCUAAACGUGAGGCGGAGCUGCAGAUCGAGCUGGCCGCUGGAGCUCAGAGCGGGAACGAGGAGAUCGAGGUGGACUUCAAGAAGCUCAAACAGAUCAAGAACCGCAUGAGGAAGACAGACUGGCUGUUUCUCAACGCCUGCGCUGGUGUAGUCGAAGGCGAUCUGUCUGCGGUGGAGGCCUACAAGUCCUCAGGAGGAGACAUCGAGCGUCAGCUGACCUCCGACGAGGUGCGUCUGCUCAAUCGACCCUCAGCGUUCGACAGCGGCUUCACUCUCGUUCACCUCGCCAUCCGCUUCCAGAGACAGGACAUGCUGGCCAUUCUGCUGACGGAGGUUUCCCAGCAAGCCGUCAAAUGCAUCCCAGCGAUGGUUUGUCCUGAACUGACGGAGCAGAUCCGCAGAGAGAUCAGUGCAUCGCUGCACCAGCGCAAGGGAGACUUCAACUGCUACUUCCUGACAGACCUCGUCACAUUCACCCUGCCGGCAGAUAUUGAAGAUCUGCCUCCUGCCGUUCAGGAGAAGCUCUUUGAUGAAAUCCUCGACCGUGACGUUCAGAAGGAGCUGGAGGAGGAGUCUGCGGUCAUUAACUGGUCUCUGGAGCUGGGCACGCGUCUGGACAGCCGUCUGUACGCUCUGUGGAACCGCACCGCUGGAGACUGUCUGCUGGACUCCGUUCUACAGGCCACAUGGGGCAUCUAUGAUAAAGACUCUGUGCUGAGAAAAGCUCUCCAUGACUGUUUACACGACUGCUCUCACUGGUUCUACUCACGCUGGAAGGAGUGGGAAUCGUGGUAUUCUCAGAGUUUUGGGCUUCAUUUCUCUCUGAGAGAAGAACACUACGUUGAAUCAGGUCAAUCUUCCUGUUUUCUGUCACUGCAGCCCGGGGCGAGUUUGGAGCAGACUCAUAUAUUUGUUCUGGCUCAUAUCCUGCGGCGGCCCAUCAUCGUUUACGGAGUGAAGUAUUACAAGAGUUUUCGUGGGGAAACUUUAGGCUACACUCGAUUUCAAGGUGUUUACCUGCCGUUGCUAUGGGAACAGAGCUUCUGCUGGAAAAGUCCCAUCGCUCUUGGUUACACGAGAGGUCACUUCUCUGCUCUGGUUGGCAUGGAAACCGACGGCUACGAUAAUCGCGGCGCAGGCGCCAACCUCAACACUGACGAUGACAUCACCGUGACCUUCCUGCCGCUGGUGGACAGUGAGAGGAAGCUACUGCAGAUCCACUUCCUGUCAGCACAAGAGAUCGGACGCGCAGAGCGCUUCGAUCAGGGCUUUAGACUGACGGCUGAUGUGUGUGUGUGUGUCUCUCUGUGUGUGUGUGUGUGUGUCUGUGUGAGCAGCAGACGCAGACAUCACCCGCUCAUCACGCAGAUGCUGGAGAAGUGGCUUGAUGGGUACCGGCAGAUGCCCCCGUGUCCCACGCUCUCCGACGGCGAGGAUGAGGAGGACGACGAAGACGAGUGACCCCCUGAAACCAUUUCAACACUGUUCCACACACGCCCUCUUUCCCAGAAUGCAAUGCGACCACCCCCACGGGCUGAAAAUCUUUGUGUUUAGUCAAAUUAAUUUUGUUUUUUUGAAUUUCUCUCCAGCGAAACUGUACGUUUGUAUCCACCGUAUGUAAUCGUGCUGCAUGUGGCUCUUUAAACAUGGAAUGAUGAGAAUAAAAGUGUAUUAAACGAACACUUCCACAAAGCACAUGUUCUUUAGAGGAUUUGAAUCUGAUCGCAGGAAUCAGAGUUUAUGAUUUAACUGGCACUAAACGAUUCAGUAUGAAGACGUGCACAUUUCUCACCAGUGUUUGUGUUUGCUUCUGUUCUUUCUCUCGCUCUGUUGUUGAUUUGAUUGUAUUUAUUUAUGUCUUUCCUCUCUCUCUCUCACUGGAUACUGAGCCUCGUGUUAACAGACGCCAGACUCGUACUGUGAGGAGAGUCAUGAAGAGUUUACUGACAUGUUGAACCUGUACCUCAUUUGUGAUGUCAGGUGAUUCUGAACAAGAGGAGAGCGAAUCACACGGCUUUAACAUUAAACUAGAAACACGUCUGCUCUCUCA